AUGACGCCCGAGCAUUUCUCUUAACACUCAUGAGUUGCUUUGAAAGAGAUCAUUCUUGCUGGUAAAUAUUUUAUAAAACUAGUGGGAAAAUGAAUGUCUUCAGGGGGCUUUUCAUCAACAGCUGGUCAUCUGAUGUUCAGCUUGAUGGGAAAACUGCUAUAGUGACUGGAGCAAACACUGGUAUUGGGAAAGAAACAGCGAGAGACCUGGCAAAGCGGGGGGCACGGGUGAUCCUGGCCUGCAGAGACAUGGUGAAAGCUGAACAAGCCGCCAGUGACAUCAGCAGAGAAGUGGAAAAUGCUACAGUCAUGGCUCGUCAACUGGAUCUGGCCGACACCAAAUCCAUCUGUGACUUUGCUGAGUUGAUUUACAACACUGAAAAAUCUUUACAUUUGCUGAUUAAUAAUGCUGGAGUGGCAAUCUGUCCAUACUCCACAACAGCAGACGGUUUUGAGACACAGUUUGGAGUCAAUCAUUUAGGACAUUUCUUUCUCACAUUUCUCCUUAUGGAUCUGUUGAAGCAUUCAGCUCCUUCUAAAGUGAUUAAUGUCUCCUCAUUGGCUCACUCCAUGGGAAAUAUCCACUUUGUGGACCUGAACAGCAAGAAAAGCUAUCAUCCUGUGAAGGCCUACGUGCAGAGCAAGCUGGCCAAUGUACUCUUCACACGAGAGCUUGCCACAAGAGUGGAGGAGACGGGGGUGAGUGUGUAUGCUGUGGACCCAGGCUUAGUGAAGACAGACCUCAUCAGACAUAUGAAGAAGUCUCUGCAGUUCUUUGUGAAGACAUUUGGGUUUCUGAUAAAAACUCCCGCAGAGGGCGCAUACACCAUCCUGUAUUGUGCUCUUACCCCAGACCUGCCCACUGGCGCCUACUACAGUAACUGUGCUCUGGCUUCAUGCUCAAGAGCAGCUAAUGAUGACAACACUGCGAGCAGACUGUGGGCUGCCAGCUGCCACCUGCUGGGGAUUCGUUGGAGAUGAAAUGACUUCCUCCACAGCCUUAUUUCACACUAUUU